GGCUGGUAUCCUGGGACUGUGGUUUGCAGGGUCCACCAUGGAGCCAAAGCAGAUGCUGGAAGGACAGUCGCAGGUUGCAGAAAACCCUCACUCUGAGUAUGAUCUGAUCGACAAUGUUGAGAGGAUAGUAGAAAAUGAGAAGAUAAAUGCAGAAAAGUCAUCAAAACAGAAGGUGGAUUUACAGUCUUUGCCAACUCAUGCCUACCUGGAUCAGAUGGUGGUGCCUAUCUUAUUACAGGGACUUGCUGUGCUUGCAAAGGAAAGACCACCAAAUCCCACUGAAUUUCUAGCAUCUUAUCUUUUAAAAAACAAGGCACAAUUUGAAGAUCAAAACUGACUUAUUGGGAAGAACAGAAAAAUAUGGUUGCUACUGUAGAUUUUACAUGAUUAAGAGAUAGCUUUAAUUGCCAUGAUUUUUCCCCUUUUUGGAAGUAUAAGAAUCUUCAGGACAACAGAAUUUAUUUCUAGAGUUAUGGAAAGGAACAUAUUUCCCUUAUUUUGAUUUAAUCACCAUACUUAUUUAAUGAGUGUAUUCUGUGCAAUCUUUUCUCAGAUUGUCUUUAAGUUUGAUUGAAAAAUGACCUUCAAAAUAAACUGUCAUAAUGCCA